ACAACAACAGAAAUAAGUAAUACAUGCAACGGCUGAACAGAUGCGGCUCGCACAAGUGAUCUUUGAUAAGAAUGAUUCAGAAUUUGAAAUAAAAGUUAAACAGCUUAUGGAAGUGACGGGGAAAAAUCAGGACGAAUGCAUAGUGGCUCUACAUGACUGUAAUGGAGAUGUGAACAAAGCUAUCAAUAUAUUGCUGGAAGGAGAUUCAGAUACGGCCUCAUGGGAGACUGUAGGGGGAAAGAAGAAGAAUUUUGGGAAAGAAAACUCCGAAAAUAAAGAAAAUAGAGAGAAGAGAACGGAGAGAGAAACAAGUCGUGGACGGGGAAACAACAACCGGAAAGGAAGAGGUGGCGGCCGAGGCCGAGAAUCCAAAGGUGAUGAAAACGGAUUUGAUUACAACCAAGGAGACAAGCCUUCAGAACGAGGAAAGCGGGCCCGAGGCAGAGGAUUUGGACGUGGCAGAGGCAGAGGGGCAGGAAGGUUCUCUUCACAAAGCAUGGGGACAUUCAACCCUGCAGACUAUUCAGAUUCUGCAUCCACAAACGGCUGUGGGACAAAGUCGGGAGUUUGGGAAGCUGCUCAGAAUAGUAAAAAUGAGAGCUCUGAAGGGAUAACAAAGCCUCACAAUAUAUCUCGGGAGCUGCCAAAUAAAAGUCCUUAUGGACUCAAAGGUGCCUGGAAGAAUUCUGUGGAAGACUGGCCACCAGAAGACUGGACUGAAGAUCUUUCUGAAACCAAAGUCUUCACUGCUUCGUCUGUUCCAGCAGAGAACCACAUCACUCCUGGGCAAAGCAUUGAUCUAGUGGCCUUGCUCCAGAAGCCUUUCCCUCCCACUCAAGCCGCAGAAGCCAACUCCUUUGAAACAUCCCAGCAGCAGGGCUUUGGCCAAGCACUCGUCUUCACAAAUUCUCAACACAGUAAUCAGACGGCGCCAGGGACUGGCAGCUCCACUUCUGCCAACGCCUAUUCUCCUCACAGCUUGUCGUCUGUCCUGGGCUCGGGGUUUGGAGAGCUAGCCCCAUCAAAGAUGGUGAACAUCACCAAUUCCCAGAUUCUGGAGAAGCUGAAAGCAACAAGUAUGAGCCCGUUCACUACCACUUCCGGUGCACAGCGGAACAGCACAAGUCCCCCUGCCUCCACUGCUUCAUGGGACCUCAAGCCCUCAGCAUCACAGUCGGUCCUUAAUCAUUUUGAUUUCAAAUCUCAGCCUGAGCCAUCCCCAGUUCUUAGCCAGUUGAGCCAGCGACAGCAACACCAGACUCCGGCAGUCAGUGUUCCUCCUCCUGGUUUGGAGUCCUUUCCUUCCCAGGCUAAACACCGAGAGUCGACACCUGGAGAUGGUCCUUCUGCUACUGUCAACAGACUCUUGCAGCUUCCCAACAUGGCUGUUGAAAACAUUGUAUCUGCCCACCAACCACAGCCCAAACACAUCAAACUCCCUAAGCGUCGGAUACCUCCAGCUAAGGUUCCUGCUUCCGCAGUGGAAAUGCCUGGUUCUACAGAUGUCACGGGAUUGAAUGUACAAUUUGGGGCUCUGGAAUUUGGGUCAGAACCAUCUCUCUCUGAGUUUGGACCAGCAGCUUCAGGCAGUGAAAAUAGUUGUCAGAGUCCUAUCAGCUUGUACCCAACGUCUUUAAGUGACCCUUUGAAUGCCUCUUUACCAAUGACCAGUGCUGUACAAAACUCCACCUACACAACUUCAGUCAUUACCUUCUCCAGUCUGAGCAGCUCGUUCCUGAGCUCCGCUAGCCCAGUAACUAUGUCUUCCUCUUACGACCAGAAUUCUGUGCAUACACGGAUUGCAUACCAAAGCUCUGCGAGCCCACCAGACCCAGCUCCAGGCUCUGUGGCUAACGGACAUGGUGGUAGCCGAAGUCAGCAGGCAGUGGACAGUACUUCAUCCAUUUUAGAGCCAAAAACGACAGACCCUGCAGCCCUCCCAUCUGUGGGUUCCUUACCCAGCACCACCUCCUGCACUGUACUUCUGCCCUCCUCCCAACACACUGCCACUUUGCCCGCCUUGUCCCAGUCUGGGGACCUGUCCAGUAGCCCUCUUUCUCAACUUACCAGUUCCCUCUCCAGCCACCAGAACAGCUUGUCUUCUGCACACGCAGCACGUCCUACAAGCACGCCACACACUCAUGCCAGUGUGGAGAGCACCCCAUCCUCAGCCACCUUCUCCACAGCUGCAACCUCUGCCCCAAGUGCCCCAUCCUCGGGAGUUGUCCUGCCUGGGAACAGCCUAUGCCUGGGUGGGACCACGGUGAGCGUGCCCAGCAACAGUACCAGGGCCACAGCCUUGGUGACCUCAGGCAAAGCACCCCCAAACCUGCCUCAAGGGGUGCCUCCUCUGCUACACAAUCAGUACCUCGUGGGCCCUGGAGGACUGCUCCCUGCUUACCCGAUCUACGGAUAUGAUGAGCUCCAAAUGCUGCAGUCCUGGCUGCCAAUGGAUUACUAUGGAAUUCCUUUUGCAGCACCCACACCCCUUGCCAGCCGAGAUGGAAGUUUAGCUAAUAAUCCAUACUCAGGUGACAUCACAAAGUUUGGCCGAGGAGACUCUGCAUCCCCUGCACCUCCAACACCAGCUCAGGCACAGCAGAGUCAAUCUCAGACCCACCACACGGCACAGCAGCCCUUUUUGAAUCCUGCUCUGCCACCUGGGUACAGCUAUACCGGCCUCCCCUACUACACAGGCGUGCCCAGUGCCUUCCAGUAUGGACCCACUAUGUUUGUCCCACCGACCUCAGCAAAGCAGCAUGGUGUGACCCUCAGCACCCCUACCCCUUUUCAGCAGGCCAGUGGCUAUGGGCAGCACACUUACAGCACAGGUUAUGAUGAUUUGACCCAGGGGACAGCAGCAGGAGACUACACCAAGAGUGGCUAUGGUGGAUCAUCACAGGCACCAAACAAGUCACCUGGAUCUGCUGGCAAAGGAGUAUCAGUAUCUUCAGGCACCACUGGUCUACCAGAUAUGACUGGUUCUGUCUACAACAAGACACAGAACUUUGACAAGCAGGGAUUUCACGCAGGGACAUCUCCACCUUUCAGCCUGCCCUCUGCCUUGGGCUCCACCGGGCCGCUGGCCCCUGGACCAGCAGCUGGUUAUGCACCUGCACCGUUCCUGCAUAUUAUGCCAGCCCACCAGCAGCCCCACUCCCAGCUGCUGCACCACCACCUACCGCAGGAUACCCCGAGUGGCUCUGGUCAGCGCAGCCAGCCCAGCUCCCUGCAGCCCAAGUCUCAAGCCUCCAAACCCACCUAUGGCAGCUCUCCAUACUGGACAAACUAGACCCUGAAAAACACGAGGGUGGGCUCUUGGGCAGGAGAGAACACAUGGAGCAUGUUUCUGGGAGUACGGUGCCCUUUCCUAGAAUUCUGAGACCUAACUGUGUCAGCUGAGCCUCUGUGGGAAGCCUGCCUCCCAGACCCACUGUUGUAUGUGAUGUAUUUAUGUAUGUGUUUGUAAAUGUGAUAUAAGCCUGGAGGAGCUGGGGUGUGUGCUCUCCCCAUGUGGACACCCUCACUGUAGCCAAGCAAGCCCCACCCCUUCUGCCUUCUGGCCUCCCACGUGGCCCCCAGCUCAGUGGGCUAUUUGAAGGACUGCUGGUUUGGGGACUGGGGUCAGGUUCCAAUGAAGAAUCACGACUUUUCUUUA